ACUAUCUACUACAGUAUUAUGCAGGCAAAUUUACUUUCCCAGCCUGUGAUGUGAUCAGGUUGACGUGUCUCUUGUCCAUACUACCCCGAGCAGGGUGCUUAUUGUAACAGGAGAGGUGUUAAUGCUUUUGCGUUUAUGGUACAAUAUAUGUCUGAAUAGAUGAAGUGAUAUGCAUGAACCAAGCAGCCUUCAAGUGGGGGACAAGAAAUUGGAGCAAAGCAAAACCAUUUAUAUUCACUUCAAUGGUGUAUAUAGUGGCUGCAUCUAUUGUAUCUAUAUCCACUGCAUCCAUAUCCAUUCCACCAUCAAAUAAUGGUGUUUCUAGACAACACAUUUAAGCAAUACCUCAUACAAAGAAUUUUUGUGACUCACCAAGUGUUUUGAAAUGAGGUUUUCUCACUAUAAAGUGAAUCAAAAGCUACAAAAAUUGCUUUUGAGGCAGUUCUCCAGAGCCAAAAAAAAAUGUGCAUCCUCCACAUAGUGCAUCAUGCCAGAAAAAAAAAUAUUCUGAAGGAAUAGUUCACCCAAAGAUGAAAAUCUGCUGAACACUCAUGCCAUCCAAGAUGGAAUUAAGUUUACAUUCAGCAUUACAUCAGUUGCUCAACAAUGGAUCCUCUGUAGUGGAUGGGUGCCAUCAGAAUGAGAGUCCAAACAGCCUAUAAAAAUAAUACAGUCAUUCAUAAGCAAUCCACAUGACUCCCGUUCAUCAAUUAACAUCUUGUGAAGUGAAAAGCUGCAUGUUUGAAGUAAACAAAUCCAACAUUAGUAUGUUUUAACUUUGAACCAUCGCUUCUGGCUGAAUCAGAAAUUCCAUAAUCCAUAAUAUCAGUAGCAGUGAAAAAGUCCAUCCCCUGUUGUCCUUUCACAUCACAAUCUAUUUAGUGUCUAACUGUUUUGAACCAUUUUUGCUUGUAAAUUCUGCAUGAUCUGUGCACAUUUUUCUCCUGAUUCAGACAAAACUACUUUUUUGAUGAAGAAAGCAAUGUUAUGGAAAGAGAGCUCAUAUUUUGACCAGAAGCAACGUUAAAAUCUUCUUGAUAUGUUUGUUUGUUGCAAAACUGUAGUUGUUGGAUUAUUGUGAUCAUCUGUUUAAAGUUUCAUUCUGACGGCACCCAUUCACAGCAGAGGAUCCAUUGGUGAGUAAGUGAUGCAAUGCAAAAUUUCUCCAUCUCAUCUCAUCUACAUCUUGGAUGGCAUGGGGCGGGAAACCUUUGACAGAGGAAGGAUGAGUUAGCAGCCCAUGACUGCACUGCUGGAAGCGGGAGCUUGUUCUAGUGAAUCAGCAUCAAUUACACAACAACAUUAUCUUCAGCAAAGUACUGCUGGAGGAACCUGCCUGGAUCUCAGCAGAACCUCAGUACAUCCUGUUGAUCAUGCGGCAGACCAAACAGCUCGGCUUCAUGCUGAUUGUGCUUGGAUACCUAAUACCAAUCAUUUGGGGUUUUCCAUUUGGACCGGUUCUUGAUGUGGAUGUCACCCCCAGGACAACUGUACAUGUUAAAGGGCUGCUGGGUUGUAAUCAUUUCCGUGGAGCUGCAGUGAACUACAGUUCUCUGUUACUGGAGGACGGACCAGGGUUGUUGUAUGUUGGGGCCAGAGAGGCCAUUUACAAACUGGACACCUCUAACAUCAGUGACACCAGUAUCUCUGUUUCUCUUGAAUGGGCAGCAUCUGCAGAACAGAAGAGGCAGUGCCUGAGCAAAGGAAAGAACAAUCAGACUGAAUGCUACAAUCAUGUGCGGUUCCUGGACAGAUACAAUGACUCUCACCUGUACACCUGCGGGACGCAUGCCUUCAGACCACGCUGUGCUUACAUAGAUGUGGCACGCUUUACCUUUGUGCGUUUUGAGGAGGGAAAGGAGAAAUGUCCUUAUGACCCUACAAAGGGCUACACUGGUUUCAUAACAGAUGGUGAGAUGUACUCUGCCUCCCAAUAUGAGUUUCGUAACAUCCCUGAUAUACGACGCAACUUUCCCUUCCCCAAUUUGCGGACAGACGAUUCCCCAACAAGUUGGCUGCUGGAGUCAGAUUUUGUCGGCUCAGCGUUAAUCCGAGAGAGCAUCAACAGCUCAAUCGGGGAUGAUGAUAAACUCUACUUCUUCUUCACGGAGAGGAACAUAGAACCGACAGCUUACUCCAGCCAGACCAAAGUGGCCAGGGUGGCCCGUGUGUGUAAGGGGGACAUUGGAGGGCAGAGGUCUCUUCAGAGGAAGUGGACGUCCUUUCUCAAGGCCAGACUGGUGUGUGCCAUUCCUGAUUAUGAGCUUUAUUUCAACGUGCUCCGCAGCGUUUUUGUCGUCGAGGGAAGCAGCGUACACGACAGUGACUUGUAUGGUGUUUUUGGACUCGAGUGGAGAAAUGUUAAGAUGUCUGCAGUGUGUCACUAUUCACUCAAAGAUGUCCAGACAGCUUUUGACGGGCCGUACAUGGAACUACAGGACACCAAAUGGAGGGAAUACACUGGGAAAGUUCCAGAACCGAGGCCUGGCUCGUGUAUAACCGAUCAGCAUCGGGCCCUGCUCAUAAAUUCCUCCCGGGAUCUCCCUGACAACGUACUGAAUUUCACUCAGAGACAUGCUUUAAUGUCCAGACAGAUCCAGCCUGUGGGAGGACGUCCCGUGUUGCUCCAUAGGGGGGCAGACUACACUAAGAUCGCUGUAAAACAGGUUGUGGGCUUGGAUGGACGUGUCUAUGACAUGCUCUUCAUUGGAACAGAUGAGGGCUGGUUACACAGAGCUGUGAAGAUCAGAGACCGUGUUCACAUCAUCGAGGAGCUUCAGCUUUUUGAGGAGAAACAACCAAUCAAUAACAUGGUGAUAUCACAAAAACAGAAGAGCAUCUAUGUGAGCGCCGCCUCUGGAGUGGUGCAGGUACCCUUGUCAUCCUGUGAGCGCUACACCUCCUGUCAUGACUGUGUGUUUGCACGAGAUCCAUUCUGUGGCUGGGAUGGUAGAGCGUGUGCUGAAAUAGCGGCUUAUGCUAACAGGUCCAGUCUCAUCCAGGACGUCCAGAUGGGAAGCAGAGGCUGUACUAACAUUACAAGCGAUGGUUUCGUCAUGCACCGGACUCGUGCAGUGAUGGCAGGAGAUGAUGUGCUGUUACAGUGUGAGAUCCGUUCUAACCUGGCCACCCCUCGCUGGACGCUGAACGGUCGGGAGCUGCUAGGUUACGGCGUAGACUUCGGCUACCGCACUGGCACUGACGGCCUCCUCAUCAUUGGCGCUCAAAACCAGCAAAGUGGACACUACCGCUGUUACGCAGUAGAGAACGGCGUCUGGAUUCCCGUUCGCAGCUAUAUGGUACAAGUCCAACCCGUUCUGCCCCCUGCAUCGCAUCUCUCAGGAAGCCCGACGGCUUUACCUGAAAACUUCUUUACCACCACAACUGCGCCAACUCUGAGUCCUUCCAGUGUUCCUGCGGAGCAGCUUCUGUCGCCUCCACCGGCUCUGUUGCCUUCGAGACCGGAGUUACAGACCUACAGACACAUGGAGGCCAUGUAUAUCUCUCUGGUGGCUGUUCUCGGCGGGCUUUGCCUGGUUCUUACAGUGGUCCUCCUGUAUGUUAGCUUCUGUGGUGCACACAACUCUCCCAGUUCCAGAAAGUACUCCCAGCAAGCACUGUCCAUAACCACAGCAACCGAAAGAAAAAGGAGCUCGCACUUUGAGCUCAAAACCAUCUCCAGCCACUGCAAUGGCAGAGCGGAGGGCCGUAGCAGAGCGUUGUCGAUGGACGGAGAGUUUCUGCAGAUGAUUCCAGCAGACAUCCAGACCACACCUAGUAAGGAACCUCCGCCCGCGCCACCACUUCCUAUGCCGCCGCCCCUGCCCGAAUCAGAGUACGCCAACGGACUGUCAGCCACGCUGCCUAGCAUGCUGAGAAAGAUGAACGGGAAUAGCUACGUACUCCUGGGGCAGACGGACUCGGAAAUGACGUCUCCGCUUUACCACUCUUUCACCGAGGAGCUCAACAGGAUUCUAGAAAAGAGGAAACACACACAGUUGGACAUCCAACCAGAUGAGAGCUCAGUGUAGCAUGAUCUCGCACAACUGCUAUAUCGCCCCCUUGUGGUGUGGAGGCUUACAUUUUGUACAAGAGCCAAGAGAACUGUGUGUUGUGAAGUUCUUUGUGAUCUCGAUGUUCAACUUAAACUUGUUUGGUUUGGCGCCAUUGAGAAUCGUCUUGUGAAAAUAUAUUUGUGAACAUAUUGGUCGACUUUAUGUCAGAUGUAGCUAAAGACACCUAGACUGUGGACCUCGGAGUGUAUAAAUCACAAGAUGGAUUCAAUUGAGAAUGUCCAAGACUGAAUUUGGUUAUGUUGUUUUGUUUUAAAGGAGAAGUAAGAGACUUGAGAACACUGUCCAAAGACUUUCUCAGCAAAGCAAUGCAUAUUUGUACAUAAUUAAUGUGGAAUUAUUGUGCAAAUGCAGACGUUUACAGAUUUUUUUGUUUUUGCCUAAUUGCACCUGAUGUAAAUAACAAUCAUUUUAUUAUCAAAGUAUAAUAAGUCAGAACUGCUUUGCUCGAUUAAUAAUCAUUCAGAAAGAGUUUGGUUUUCAAGCCUUUUGGCAACAUUUCUUGAGUGUUCUUGAGCAUUGGACUUUUUAACAACGCAAUUUCACACUAGAUUGCAGUCAGAUUGUAGGAGCAGUGAGUGUUAGCACAUGAAUCGUUGACAUCUACAGAUACAGAGGCGGUCAUUUUCAGAGCCACUCGGCUGUAGAAUUCAACGCCUCCUUCAGGGAUGAGUUGGGUUUCUCUUUGGCAGUGCGUCAGAAAGAGUGAAUAGAUCUCAAAAAUGGAAGAAACGCUCUCUCUGAUACACAAUUUCCCUGUCAAAUGCUGUCCAGCUUUGACAGAAUAUCCUUUUUAUAUUUAAAUGAAGGAAGAGAUGCUCACAAAGGGAAGUAAAAUCCUAAAAACUUUAGAAGUUUGGUGAGUUUGCAUUUAGUUAUUUUGAAUGCAUGACAACAGGUGACCAUUUCAAACUCCAGAAAUAAAUGUAUUUAUAUUAGGGCUGUCAGUUUAUUAUUAUAAUUUAUUAAAAUUAAUUAAAAAAUUAUUAACUACAGUUCAGAUGUUUGGGGUGAAUUUCUUAUGCUCACCACGGCUGCAUUAAUUUGAUCUAAAAUACAGCAAAAAGAAUAAUAUUGUGAAAUAUUACAACUUUUUAAAAUAACUGUUUUCGAUUACAGUAUAUUUUCAAGUCCAAUUUAUUCCUGCAUCAUUGUGUCAUCAUAAUUUAGUGUUCAAGAAAUAUUUCAGAAUUAUACUAAUGUUAAAGACAUUAAUUAUAAUAUUAUAAUAUUUUUAUGGAAACAGUAAUACAUUUUUGCAGGAUUCUUUAAUUAAUCAAAAGUUCAAAAUAACGGAUUUAUUAUUAUUUAUUUUUUAAUUAAAUAUCUUGCUGACCCCAAACUUGAACAGUAGUGAACUGUUUAUGAAUAACAUUUUUGACACAAUUAAUAAUUCCCCCUAAUCCAAAUUCACACAAUAAAAGACAAUUUAUAUGACAAUAAAAUCACAAUGUGUACUCACUGAUUUGCUAUUAUAAUAAUUGAAUAAUUUUUAAUUGGGGGGCUUUUCUCAGCAACGGAGUAACUGACAUUUAUUUGAUUCAGUAAUCAGCAUAUUGUAAUUAAUUAGCUUAUGUUUAAACGGACAGGCCUAAUAUCUAUACGGCUGCAUAUCUUAUUUCUGCUGUGUGUAUUGUGUCCCUGGUUUUGUUCUGGUUUGUAAACAGUGUUACACAGAGCCGUGUUGAGUCAGCUCUUGUCGUUUCUCCCUAGUGGCUUUCCCAGCUCGCGCUUGAGCUCGUGUUACUCAGUGUUGCUGACAGGAACAGCGCUGCUUAGCAAGGACUCAAUCAAGAUGCAGAGAGUCUUUUCUCAGAGCAGCAGAAAGAGUAGGGAGAGACAUGAUGUGCUUGUCGUGAAGCUUGGAUACACGUGUGAUGUCACACUGACUCGAUGUGCUUCAGCUCGACUCUUGUUCACCUUCUCUCACUUUUUCUUUCAUUCAGGUGUUAUUUUGCAUCCAUGCACUUCAACCACUUGUCUGAAGAUCCACAGAACAUUUCUGAUCAGUCUUCCAUGAGACGUAUUUCCGCUGCUUAUGAGCAUCAGUAAAAAUAAGAUUCUGCCUUUUUGGUCCUCUGUUAUAAAUACAUUAUACAAGACUAAUUUAAACAGGGUACUGCUGAUCAAAUAUUUAAGGUCCGUUUUUAUAGAAAUUAAUACUUUUAUUCAGCAAGGAUGCAUUUGCUUUUUUUAAAGUGACAGUAAAGGCAUUUAAAAUGCUACAAAAGAUUUCUAUUUAUAUAAAUAAUUAUCCUUAUAUAUAUAUAUAUAUAUAAGAAUAACAUAACUUUUGCCAAAUUAUGACAAUAAGAAAUGUUUCUUGAUCAGCAAAUCAGAAUAAUUUCUGAAGGACACUGAACACUGGAGUAAUGAUGCUGAAAAUGUAGCUUUGCUCUCACAGGGAUAAAUUACAUUUUAAAAUAGAUUAAUAUAUAAAAAAAUAGUUAUAAAGAGUAAUACAAUAGUACUGUAUUUACUGUAUUUUCGACCAAAUAAAUGCAUCCUUGAUGAGCACAUGAACGACUACCUAGACAGACAUUUUUCUUUGGAAUAGUGUGAAUUGCUCACAAUAUUAACAUGUGGAGAGUAAAUCAUUUUGAUUUCAUGUCGACUAAGUGCUGUAUGCAUAUGGUGUACUUCUAGUCAUAAACUGUGAUUCAUCAUGAUGAAAAUAUUAGAGGGUUUGCUGUCAUUGUGUUUGUGAACAUCCACUGCCUUAUAAUCGCACAGAACGUUUUGCACUUCAUAUUUUCCCAAGGUUUUUGCUAUGCUUACAUGUCAGCCACACUCUGUAUCCGUGGAUAUAUCGUUUCACUGUUUUAGAGCUUAUAUUUACAAAAUGAUAUCUGAUGUUUACAUCCUAUUAAAGUAUUUAUUAUAAUUG